GUUUUACAUACCAUUCCAUACUUUCUUCAAACUAAGAUCAUAUCUACCACCAUGAUGAACAGAACCCCCCGAGUUGCGACCUGUUGUCUGAGACAGCAACGCCAAUGGCAAACGAAAGGUCGUUACCGCAAUGCGAGAUUCCAAUCUACCUCGUCCGAGUCGACCAGCGGUGGUAAUCCUGCCCUUACGGGUGGACUUACUGGCGGUGCUGUUGCUUUGGUAGUCGGGUACGCAUGGUACCAUUUCUCCGGUGCGCGGACUGUCGUCAAGACCGUGAAGCAGACGCAGAGCUACGCCGAUCAAGUCAAGCAGGGGAUUAUUCAGAACGCGCCGGAGCCUGACAAAGCGCUGGAGUGGCUUCGGGAUACGUUGAAGAGUUAUGCGGCGUUUAUCCCGGGCGCGAGUCGACAAAUCGAUGUUAUAUUCAGUGAUCUUGAGAAGGUCAAGAGCCGACAUGGACCUGAAGUGGAUGCCGUUGUACGAGACGCGUAUCGGGACUUGAAGGAGUUGGGGAAGAAGGGAGGGUCGAAUGCCGAUACGGCGUUCCAGGCACUACAUGUGCUUCAGAAACAUCUGGGACGGUUGGUGGAUUUGUCUGGUGAUGCGGCCGGGGAUGUAUUGGAUAAUCAUCCGUGGUUGCAGGAGAAGGUUGGUGGGGGGUGGGAGCAGUUGAAGGAGUUGGGGGAUGCGUAUGGGCCGCAGGCGAAGGAGGAGGUGGAGAAGACGAGGGAGCAGGUGGUGGAGGUGGUGAAGAAGGGGUUUAGUCUUGGGUCGGUGGAUGAGAUUCGGAAGUUGAUUCAGGAGAAGACGGAGAAGUUGCAGAAGUUGGGCGAUGAGGUGUGGCAGAAGGGGUUGGAGGAGAGCAAGCAAUAUCUGGAUAAGAAUCCUAAGGUUAAGGAGUUGGUGGAGAAUAAUGCGGAUGCUCUGAAGAAGGGCAAUGUGAGUGAGUUGUGGGGUCUGGUUAAGGAGUCGGCGUCUUCAGGAAAGACGGAGCAAGUGGAGAAGUAUGUGAAGGAGAAGGUCGACAAGGCCCAACAGAGCUGGUCGUUUGAUCUGGAUAAGUGGGUUAACUUGGUGCCCGGGGGAUCGAACAUUCUAAGCCAGUUGCAGUCGCUUCGGACGUUGCAGGAGAAGAAGGGUAAGGAGGCCGAGAGCGUUCUGAAGGAGACCGUGGAAGAGAUACAGGAGGUGUUGAAGAAGAGAAAGGAGCAGAUGGAGAAGCUCGCUGGGGAGGCCGAAAAAGAGAAAAAGUAAUGAGGCCUAGUGGGGAUUACUGUAUAUUAAGACAAAGAUUCUUUAAUAGAUUUAUUGAAUGAUUGGG